UUCUCUUCUUCACAAGCAUCUUCUCAUCAAAAUCAACCAUAUAUUUGCUCCCUAUAGAAACACACACAUAAUAAUAUACAUAGGGAUCACUUGUCAUAUAUAUGUUCUCACCGGCCUUAGCUUUGACAAAGUUCUUCCAACCUUUGGUUAGCUAGCCAGGCAUAUAUCUCCAAUUCAUCGUGGCCAUGAUGAAGGGCAUGGCACUUGUUGGUUUGCUCUUAGCCGCGUCUCUUAUGGUGUCCGAGAGCCGCGUCGCGAGAAAGGACCUGGGCCUGGACCUGGGUGGUAUUGGGCUAGGGAUAGGUGCUGGAAUAGGCAUCGGUUUAGGUGGUGGGGGCGGUUCAGGAGCUGGAGCUGGUGCCGGCUCUGGAUCUGGUGGUGGAUCUAGUUCGUCAUCUUCUUCUUCAUCGUCGUCUAGUUCCAGUUCAGGCUUGGGUGGUGCAGGGUCCGAAGCUGGCUCCUACGCCGGGUCGUAUGCUGGGUCUGGGACUGGGGGAAGCCGAGGAGGAGGUUCAGGCUCGGGAUACGGGGAGGGUCGUGGUGAGGGGUCCGGCAAAGGUGGCGGAUCGGGAGGCAGAUCGGGCUAUGGUGAAGGGGGCGGAUACGGGAGAGGAGGUGGGCAUGGAAAGUGAGACCAUAACAGCACAUAAUGUCCUUUUCUACACAUUAGUGAAUGGGCAGUCCAUGGUAGCCUUAACUAAAUUAUAGUAUGAAUAAAUAAGUGUGCUUCUAUACAUCUUAUGUCGAGUGUGAGUCACAUAUAUUAAGUAAGUAACUUUCUGAGCCGUCGAAAGUUGUGUGCUUGUCAUUUUGGGAAUGCUGCGGGCCAAAAAAAAAGUAUGUGCUUAUAGUCCCCCUUAUAUAUUACCUAGCUAUAUAUAUUUCUAUAUUUUCCAUGAUGUCUUCAUACUAAAUUAAAUAAUAACGUAAUUUCUCA